CUUUCAUUUACACCGUAGAUUUCAAUGUAAAUCAAUAUUGAAAUUAUAUUAAAAAUGUAGUUUUCGAAUGCAAGGAUAUUAAAGGGGAAAGUAACACGUACCACUUAGUUUUUCAACGUUAGUGAUUCAGAAUACAUGUAUGUAUUUUGGUUGAACAAAGAAAGAGCUGGAGUAGAUGUACAUGUACAUUUAUCGGUCAUAAUCUAUAGCUAGUGGUGACAAAGGUUACAGCAUGUAAAUACACUAAUUAUUGAUAUGAUUGCUGGCUGACCAUUUGUCACGAUUUGAAUUAAAAUUAAAGACAUUUUAGAGUGUAUUUAAGACUCAUUAUUUUUAAUGUUUUUUUGCGUCUUAAACAGUUGAAAGGUCAAUUCAUGACUUCCGCAUUUUAAUUAAAUCGUAAAUAAAGUUUGAAAAAUAAAAUGGAAGAACAGACAAAUGAGCCGAAUGAAGAACAGGGAACUGAACGUGUGAGCAGAGCCAGGGAACUGGAUGAGCAUAAUGGUCAGGUAAAGAUUGUGGUACAUGGAGUUGAGGCCGGAGAGCCCGGGUGCGAAGACAGCACUGCCCAAAGGACAGACUGCACUGGUAGUAAGAAGCAUUGUGUUGUGUAUAAGUUGUGUGACAAGCAGGAGGAAUUAGUGGAUGCCUGGACGGAACUGUUUAAGGAGUAUAUCGAAGCUGACAAAGUUGAGGUGUACCAAGGCGAUAUAUUUUACGAGGGACCUGCUGCAGACGCUAUUGUAUCUCCGGCCAACAGUUUUGGAGACAUGGACGGCGGGAUUGACCUGGUCUACUGCAGACACUUCGGCUGGCAAAUGCAGGACCGCCUACAGAAGAAAAUACGCGAAGAGUUUAAUGGAGAAUUGCUUGUGGGUCAGGCGACGAUACUCCCUACAAUGGAAGACUUGUCGAUCGUUGAUUGGUCCAAGUACAACUGCGGGGAGCCAAUCAAAUACCUGAUAUCAGCGCCCACCAUGCGCGUACCAGAGACGAUCGCGGAGACCGUGAAUCCUUACCUCGCCUUCAGGGCCGUCAUAUUGGCAGUUGACGAAUUCAACAAGACAGCCAGUGAACCAAUCCGCAGUGUCCUGUGCCCGGGGCUGGGGACGGCUGUUGGUAAGAUGCCACAGGACAGGUGCGCGUACCAGAUGCUACAAGCGUACGAGGCUUAUGUGAAGGCCUGAAACCGGAACUGGUUGCGCCCACUAGUCUUGGUCAGCCAUUCAUACACCACGAGGACAUGGUUCAGUAUGGAGAGAAUGGGGAAGAGAAGAAUGAUCCACCUAAGUCGGACACAAAACUCACAGACCCCACCAAGCCUCCACCAACAGAGCCGGGAACCACGGGGGCAGCAGGUGACGACGAUGCGUCAACCCCUGUGUAGACCGCAGGUGCUUGAUGUUUGCUUUCUGCGCUUGAUAAGUUUGGCGAUGAUCUAUAACAUGGGAUGCGUUGUUUUGCAAAUUAUAUGAUUAAAUCAUCAAUAUGAUAACAUAAGAAGUAUUUGCUUUCAACCACUGUUAAAAGAGAUCGUCUCGGCUCGUCGGACAAGACUUCCGGCAAUGCUCGUGUAGACACGUGCUGCCAUAAACUGUGCUGUAUUCUAUUGGUGAACUGAUGUUUACCUGUGAUAACACACUGUACAAUCUACAACAGUAGUGAUGUUCAGUAUUCUUAUCGUUUCAUAUUUUUUAAUUAUACUUUAUGCUAUGCAUUCAUUGAAACGCUUUUAAUCGCAAUGUAUUUUCUGCAUUAUAUCUCAUUCUUUUAAAUGUUCUCUGUUAUAAAAUAUGAGAUGUAUGUAUAAUAUAUGAAAUAUUCCCGGCUUCUUAAUCUCACAAUGUUGUGUAUAUUUCUAAUGUUCACAAGCGUCAGAAAUCAUUUUAUUUUAGGUUUAAACUGAUCAUAUCGGGUGUGUUUAACUCUGCAGUACUAUUUGUUUAUAAUACAUGUGUACUAGUUGUUUCUAUUAAACACAUCUGGCUUUUU